AUGAUUUCAUUGAUGCAAAAAAGAGAUCCCAAUCACUUGAAUGUGAAGCUUCCUUCCUUCGAUGAGCUGACCAGAACCUUCCCGAAGCAGGACCCUCCCGCGCCCCCAGAGACGCAUGGCCCAUCUCACCGCCGCCUGCCGAGCCUGCCAACAGACCUUUAUCCCUCGUUUCAGCAGAUGCAUUUGAGAAGGAGUUCUGACGUAGGAUACCUAGCCCAGGGCACGUCUGCCGCGAAUUUCGCCGUGCCCCUGCCGGCCAGCACGACGAGCUCUCUCGAGCCGAGCCCGCUGGGUCCACAAGGCCCGCCGUCGGUGGUGAGUUUUUCCAACCCUCCAUCAGCUGAGUAUAUUGUUCCUGAGCAGUUUCGGUUCCCGGCGGUGGAUCCUAACCAAGAAUUCGCCGACAGGCUCCGCGGCGCGCAGCAGAACAUGAACGAGCUCAGUCAGUUUAUGCAUCCACUCACGACGCUGAACCAGCUGCCGCCACUAUCCGAGCUGGAAAUCGACCGCGCCAUCAGAAACACAGACCAAAUCCGCAUUUUUCUCCAGUACAUACGCGACCGCCGCUAUCCAAAAUUCGCCGUUCGCAGCGAGCCGGAAAACAUUCACCGCACAAUAGCCUACCAAGAGACAGUCAAGUCCAAAGUGCAAGCACACCGUCCGACCAAGUCGGAGCCGUCCAUCACGGGCGAGUCGGCGCUGUUAAGAGUGCAUCCUCCCAAGCCGCUUAUCAUCUCUGAAACUGACACAGACCAGAUGCCCAAAUUUGUUCCGCAAGGCACGUUGCAACAGGAACUGAGUGUGAAACCGCGCACCCGGUGUCUUCACUGUGGAUCGAUCAACACGCCGGAGUGGCGCAAGGGUCCUAACGGGACGCGGACCCUGUGCAAUGCAUGCGGACUGUUCCACUCGAAAUUGGUGAAGAAGCGGGGGCUCCAAGAGGCAGAAAUCAUCAUGAAGCGGCGCCGCGAGACAGGCAAGUCUACAGACCGUAGAAUCAACGAAUGA